UGUUUACGAGAGAUGAGAGCGAGCAAGUAGUAAAAGGUGUUUCCCGGCAUCUAGUUUAUUUGCUGUCAGACCCAUGCUGUACUAUAAUGUCUAGUAGUAGGAGUGCUGGAAGCCGGGAAUCACCUUGUGCCAGUAGUAGUGGUUCGGUGUUAGUGCCUCCCUAUGACUCUGCUGUGAAACACCGACUAGCUGUCCAUCUCUCCGGAGGAUCCUUCCAGACCACGGCUCCUGCUGUACCCCCCGGCCCUGAUGGUCAGUCCCUGCUGUGUUCCGAGUCUCUCUCCUCCACACCACCAAGUGAUGACACGCAGAGGCUGUCACAAGAUAGAGAUCCUUCAGCCUGGAAAAAAUCCGACUUGCUCAAAAACCGCAAAGUACCCCUACAGUACGCUUUGAUAGUCUCCAAUGACCAUCCCUCUGGUGGCCAACAUAAAGCGCUAGGAAACAACGUCCAUCCACAGCAUAUACAACUCAUUGCGGACAAGGAGAAUAACAUUGACAGUGGGGUCGUGGAUGGGCUUCCACACAACAAUGAAGCUCAUGCAGACAAUCGCAUGAACUCAAAUGGCUUCGAAAGGGCUAGAAUGACCGGUGGCACACCGUCAACCAACGAAAAUCUGGUAUGGUUAGCCGAUGUUGCUGUCAGUCAGAACCAAGCCCAAUCGCGGCCUGCUGAGGGCAUGAUAAGUGGCAGGUCAUCACAGAACCAAGGUCAAGGUCAAACUCAAGAAUCCCAGCAAACAAUGCUUUCUGCAGGAGCGUCUGUUGGCAGCGUGUUUCGUCCGUCUCUCACUGAACCGUCUCAGCGUCUCCUCGCAGGCGGGCAGUACAUGAGUGGAGGUGGCAGUGCCUCAUCGCUCGGACAGUAUUCUCCCUUGUAUAGUGUGCACGGUCAACCCUCGCAUUUGACCGCCUCAGUUCCCCAGUUUAGUGCUUUCUAUCACCAGUACCCGCAGAGCUACCCCCACGGGUCAGCUGCCCUUAUCGCUGGUGGUCACUAUCCACAUAUAGAGUCGUACUCUGCUGUGCUCGCCAGCAUGGGCAGCCACGUUCAACAUGGUGGCCAUUCACAACUACCUCGGUCACCAUACAUGCCCAGUGGACAUAUACCUCAGUAUUCGGUCCUGGGAUCCCAUAGAACAAUGCCGUCUGCCAGUUCCCCUGGACCAAAUGCCACUCAUCAUCAACAAUCUGCUCACCCAGCAGGGACAGUAAGUCUUUCAGGUGGAGAAUCUCUCGUGUCACCAAAACUAGAGUCUCAAGAAGGUGAAGGUCGUUGCCAUAGAUCGGGCUCCACCAGCAGUUUACGUGAUGAAAAGGGGUCCAAUUUGUCCCCAAAUACGGGACACUCAUCUGUUAAAGGUUUAAAUGUACGAGAAUCGCCAAAAGGGUUUCUUGACAAAGACUUUUAUAAAGUACCAAGCGGGAAGGAGGGAAGUUUAAAACACAGAAUACUUACCCGGCCCCAGGACAGUCAGUUGGAGGGGUCACAUAUAGAUGACUCCAAAUACGCAUUACCUGGCAAACAUGAUGAGCCUUUAUUAAAACGAACAAAGUUUAGUUCCUACUCAGGGAUGCCCUCCUCUCACUCUUCAGCAGCCCAUUCUCGGGGCCAGUCAGAAUCUGUGUCCCAUGGACUUGGCCCUGGCCCCCCAAACACAGCCCGAGUGUCCCCCUCCCCCCAAACUUCAUAUCCCCCCUCACAUCUGCAUUAUCCUCCCCACUUUAUGAAAGGUUCUAUCAUUCAGCUGGCUAAUGGUGAAUUGAAGCGUGUCGAGGAUUUACAAACAGACGAUUUUGUGGUUAGUGCAGAUAUCAGCUCGGAUCUCAAGAUUGACUCCAGUACUGUGGUUCGGAUUCAGGAACAGCCAGAGAGAGGCACGGCCAUCCUUGGGUUUUCUGUUGGAGAACAUCGGGUACAGGUGACAGUGGAAGCAACGAUGGAGCAUCCAUUUUUUGUGUUUGGACGAGGCUGGUCUUCGUGCUCGGCAGAAAGGACUCUCCACCGAUAUGGACUUGAGUGUCACAAAUUGUCCGUGGGAGAUGUAUGUAUAUCCCUCACUCACAAGGAUGUACCCCUCAAGGCUGCAGAAAUCAGCCAGCAACAGAGUCAAAGUGAGGCUCGUGAAAGGGAGUCGCCACCAGAAGAGAAAGCACAUCAGGGUCAAGGUCACCAAGGCCAUACAGUGACCUUUUCAGACACUGUAACAACCACUCAUUUACAUAGUUCAAGGUCGCCUUCUCACCAGGCGACCUGCCAAUCAUCAGAAUCAGAAGGUGACUCCCAUCUCCCCCGAAAACGCCGCUGGUCUGCUCCAGAUCAGGUUAGUGUUGACUCUGAAUCGGAACAGGAAAGGUCCGAGGACACAAAACCCGAAUCCAUUGAUCAGUGACUUAAAUGAAUGUUUGGUGUUUACAUUAUUCAUACAGCCAUAAUCGUGUACAAAUCCCUCCUUUGGUAGGCUUGAUGGUAGAAUCACCAGAGAUACUUGUACGUUUGCUGUUGUCAACGGUAACACAGCCCACCACUACUAGUUUCCGUGGAGAUGCGGUAUCAGGGACACUCCCCUCCAAGCCCGGAGUGGCUGCCAGGGUGUGAACACACAACAGUAGUAGAGUGCCUUUCUUCAACAGAAGGAUAUGAAUGACACCUGAUGAUCCUGUGGCAGUUAUGCAUUGUUUGUUAUAUCAUUUUCAACAAUAAGUGGGACAGUUAGGAACGAAGCAUAUGCCCUGGUAAAAGUCCCUGGUCGAUUAGCGCCAUAAACCUUAUUUGUGAGUUUCAGUUGUAAACUUCUGCGACCAGAAGCUGACUCUCUGUGAUAUAAGUGUUAAAUCUCAACUCACUCACUUGCAACUAAAAAUCAAUAAUUUUUUAGGAAUUGGUUUAAUAUGGCCUUUAACAGAACGUUUGGCAGGUGGGUUUUUAUCAAUAUUGAUUAUAUUUUUAAAUUAAUUUUUAAAGGUCAUGAAAAUUGUUAAGAGCCUGCAAAAAAAAAUCUGUGAAAAUUACACCCACCUGAUAUUAGUUUGUUAUAUUUCUGCCGUGAAAUUGAAUUUUGAUCUGAGCCUUCCUUCCAUGCCUGUCUUUACCAGUAGAGUGGUGUGUUAGAACAUAGAACACACCUUUACCCAGGAAUGUACUUGUUACACUUAUUUUUGAAAUGAUAUAAUCCUGUUCAGUUCAAAAGUUAAGGGAAAGCUGUCGUCUUCUUUUUGGCUAGAAUUGUUGCUUGAAUUUUGAAAGCAGAUGUUGAGAUGUUAUUUUUGUCUAUAAGAGCAUGGAAAUUGCUAACCAGAUAUAUUCUUGGUAAAUGCAUUCCCUUAAUUUUUGCACAUUGUGUUGUUGAAUGCCUUCUCAAUCUCACAGCAGCUCGUGUCCCAGGGGAGAGAACUCUCGUAUGUUUUGUGAUAUUUACCAUUGAAUCUUUAAACGUUGACAUAUCCACGUGUUAAUAUGGUAUCAAAGAAUAUUUUAUGAUCAUUUUCAUCCAGUUUUAGACUAUUUUCACUGUUCAAUAAACUGUCUAACUGCAAAAACUUUUGAAUAUAUAUAUACAUAUAUAUAUAUUAUACAUAUAUAUUUGCAACCUGAAAAUCUGAAUAGGAAAUUGGUAUUUUGAUGAUAGGCAUAUAUUUAUGCUUUUGCAGUGCUUUGUGAAUGAAAUGAAUGCUUUUGCUAUCUCGGUGUAAUAAAGUAUGUUAAAGUUUGUUUUAAAAAAAAAUAUUUAUGAUGAAUGUUUAACAUAAAAUUGAGAAAAAAACAAGUGAUUGAAGUCUUCAGUGUAUUAGGAACUGUUGGUAAUUUCUUUUGUGAAAACAAAACGCUUACUCCAUGAUCUUGUUUUUGUUUAGUCUCACAUUCUUGUCUCAAUACUUGUAAAUAUUCAAGAGAAACACAAACUAUUAAUGCUGAUGUUUUUCAAGGCCUAUAUUUUUAGAUUCUGAGUAUUGUAGUCAACUUGUUUAACACCUAAAGUUUCAGGGAAUAGUUAUUUUUAGUGUUUGAAAUAGCUCCUAUUUCAUUACGUUAUGAGUUUAAUAAUACAUAGACAUUGAAUCACAAACUUCCUUUAAUACAUGUUUGACAAUUUUGAAACAAAAUUAGAAAUUUCAAUAAAUGAAUUCAAAUACCGGUACAGUAAUGGCCGAAUAUUUCAAUGUCAAAAGUUCUUUCUUUAAUCUGGUCGAUGCUUGUGAAGUUAAAUAUGGUUACACAAAAUAAGAUUGCAAUAUGAUGAUUCCGCCAAUAAUUUGUUAAUGCUGUAGAAUAGAUGCAUUUUCCACUGCCUGUUAAAAGCACAAUAGUUAAAGGGAGAAAACUCUUUUUCUAUCCCCGAAAACCAAUGAAUAUUCUGUAGGCCUGCCUUUUUUUCUCAUUGCAAGUUUCUGCAACAUUCCCCUGCACCAUUUAAUCAAGUUUCUCAUUCUUCAAAUAUUAGCCUUCUGUAUUUGCCUACCAAGCAUACAUUACACAAACAUGACACUAAUGUUGGUACUGUUCUCCAUGCUUUGAUGUGUAUAGUUACCACACUUUUUUCUCAAGGAUUUCAAAGACAUGUUAUAUGAUACCUCUGUAAUAAAUAUAUGAGUUUCAUAGACACGAUCUAUCAUAAGAUAAUUGGCAGGCACACCUAGUCUAAGAUUGUCCUUGUGGCAUCCAAAGUGCCCGCCCACGACAUCCGCUUGCCACUCCUUGCUCAAAAGGGUAUUACUUCAUGCAAAUCUGUAAGAAACCUUCCAGCUCCCUUUCACUGCAUUUUGUUUAUCCAGGAGAGUGUAUUUCUUGUUUCGUAUGAUAGCAUGGACCCAAAAUAAUUUGAUGUUUUAAGGAUUCUGAAAGAUCUGUUGUAUUAAAUGAAGACUGGUGAUAAAUGUUAUUUGAAUGUAAAUUCCUUUCAAACUUGCACACACCAUCACAAACCUGAUCCCACGCUACAGCAUAUAAACACCCACUCUUAACCCUGAAUAACAUAGAGAAAUAAACCCCUCUUGAAUAAAAUUCCAGAUUUAAUAAAUAAUGUUGGACAGACCCGUAUCACAUUCAUUAAUAUUUACCACUUUAUAAAAGGUUGAAAAAAUCUUGCAUUUCUAUUUCUCUAUAUUUCCCUCAUUGCGCUAUGGCUGAAAUAAUGCCAAUAAGACGUUAGAUUUUAACUCACUAUGUUUUCCAACAUGGGCCUAAGACUAGCAGAGAGGUAAGUGACAUUCAAAAUUUUGUGGUAUUUGUACAUAGAAAUUUUGUGCCAAGUUACUAAUGUCAAGUACUGUUACGUUUGUCUGUUGGAGUUACCAAGUUCUGUUGCUAAUUGUGUCUUUUGUCAUAUUUAAGUUCAUAUUGGGACAGGGAACUAGUGCUGCUGUUAUGUUUGUGCCUGAAGAUUUAGUGUGUAAUACAUCUACACUUUGUUAGAUCCACUUGUCAAUAACCUGUGUAGUUGAUUGUUCUGUGUAGUUAAUACUUUGGGGGACAGCAUACUGUUAUGUGUUACCCCAACUGUGUUAUAGUCCUUUGUUUUGUACUGUUAGCAGUGAGAAAAUGAAAACAUGACCAUCAACAUGGUUGAUUCUUCACAGGUUCUGCACACACUACGUUCCUCCAUUGCCUGUGAAUAAGUAUGGCUGACUUAAUGUGCAGUUGCUAAAUUGAACCUGCGAAUCGAGACAUGGCCUGGUCCACCAAGAGGGAAACCAGUGUUUGCUCAAACCAAUGGCAGCUCAGGGUAUAUCGCAAAAACGGCAAAAUGUCUCUGGCAAUAUGUGCCAUUGCCAUCUACUCUAUACAUUUCUUCAAUAUCAGGCAAUUGCAAAUUUCAUGCAAAAAUCCCACCCUGAGUAAAGCUCAUUUCGCUCCUUUGUAAAUCCGCUUCAUUUUAUUAACUGCCUAUCAGCAUAGUGGCCAUAUGUAUUCACAGUUGAUUGAAGAACGUAGUGUAUGCAAUCCUGCUUAGUUUUGACAAUUGAAUAUCAAGUAUUCAUUAAUAUGGUUUAUACAUUUCAAUUUUUUUCAAUGCCAUCAUAAUUUCAGGGAUAGCAGUUAUUGUCAGCUCCUCACAGUGCCGUAAACUCUUCCUUCUUAACACCCUGUUAUACCAAAGGGAAAGAGCAGUGCAGUGAGGAGUCUAUUGUUUGGAAGGUAUCACUGUUUUCAGUCAAGUUUGUUUCAUAUCAAUUUCGAUAUCCAUUUCUAUUCUGAAAUAUAGCCACGAGGUGAACUUAUAUGUCAUACUUUUUACAAAACUAAAUUGUUACAUUAUCAAGCAAUAACCUGUAUAUAACUGGAGAUUGAAUUCCAUCUGCAAGUGAUACCUUCUUGUGUGUGCAAAUAUAUAGGUAAAUGACACUCUCAGGUUCCUUCUUGAUCAUCCAGGCCCUGCAUAUUUUAUUCAGCCGACUGACAUGGAUAGAAUUAAAACUGUGCACUCACCCACUUACAUCACUGGAAACAUUACUGACGAAGGGAGCGUCUGCAUUGAACCUCAAUUUCUCCAACUCGGUUGUGUGACACACUGAAUCAAAUGAAUCCCGCUAUCGCAACAAUUACACAAUAAUAGUUGUCAUUUGUCAUGUGUACAUUUCAUAUUGUACCAAUAUACACCCUCAGAGCCGAUUCCGUUUCUCACAUUUGUCAUGGGUCAUUCUGAAUGGACUAUUUUUUGACCAUUUAUGUGACUCCAAGGUCACUGGGUGCAAGGUUAAGUUGAAUAGUUAGUUAAAUUGUAUACAUACUGUAUUGGUUCUUAGUAGAUAUAUGUAUAGGCGCAAUAUAUAAUCCUCACAUUUCAUCCCAAGGAACAUUUGAUUUGGAUGUGUCACAAAUUGUUAUGAAUUUGCAAAUAAGUUUUUGGGGUGCGAAUUUGAUGGUUUAUUGCCAGGGGUUCCCUUUGCCGUUAAGUCAUUCAACAAUCAUUUCAUAAGUGCUUCGGUAUUCAUUUUGAACUGUUCGACUCAAAAUGUUAUAUCACCGAUAUGUGAUCACAAGAUUCUGUUGUAUAUGUGUACAGGAAUAUUAUGUAUAUGUGUAAAGUUGAUGGACAGCCCGUGUGUACAUAUACACUCGUGUUUUGAUAAAUCUCAACUUGUCGUUUGCAAUUGACCUCUCUCUGAUUGACAUCAACAGCCAUUAACAUCAUGAGUGAUUUCAUAAUCAGUUUUUGAAACAGUAAUUGAUGACUGAUCGUUUUGAAAUGGUCCUUUUUCAUGAUCCAUUUUCAGCGAUCAAUUUUGUGAGGUUAGUUGAAUAAAAUCAAUUUCAGGUAAUCGGUUUCAUGAGAUUGAUAUAAAGUGAUCAAUUUCACAUGAUCAAUAAUUAAUACGUCAAUCAGGUGGCCAUGCCUUUUUCUGUAUUAUGAGCAGACAGACUCAGUGAUUACCGCUGUAUAUAGGAUCGUAUAUAUAAAGUAUUAUAUAUAUAAUGAGCUAUUUUUUGUACAUAUUUGUUUAUUUGCUAUGAGCUCCAAAGAAGGCUUGGAUCUGGGUAACUCUUGGAUGGUGUUCUCACUUUCAUGAGAGGCAGUCAUGUCAACCCUGGCGUUGACUGUUUGCAAAUUUGGACUUAAACUGGCUAGACUAAUUCAUGACAUAGUGAAAAGGUUAAUUCAAAAGACUCCACUGAUCUAGAAUAUCUGGGAUUAGGAGCAUGGGAUUUAAGAAAAGAAAUAAUAAAUGUUUUUAAAAAACGGUAGGAAAAAAAAAAUACCUCAGGUUUUACACAAUAAAAUAAUUGUUUGCUGGACUUGCAGAAUAUCCUGAAAAAAAUGUCUUCUUUCAAAGAAUGUUCAGUUCCUUUCAGCGAAGUUAUUUUUCUGUUUUGAUCAGUGACAACAAAAUAUUUUCCCAGAAUAUUAUAUGGCAGCCCCUUUGUGUACAAGUAGUGGACCAGACAUUAUUCAUGGAAAGAGUCCAACCCGUAAGUAAUGAAAUCCACUUCAAGAACAGGACUCACUGUGAUGGUUCAAGAGUAAUGGGUAACCCAUUUAAUGUUCUUUAAUCAGACAGCAUACCAGUUUAAUUUCUCACCAGGUACAAUGUUGCCAAACAUCAUGCAUUCUCAGCUGUAAUCGUAUUGAUUAAGGCCGAAACAGUUUUGGUUCUCUUUCCAUCGUCAAACCUCACUUCUCAGAUGUAAAAGUCAAGAUUUUCAAACAAGGGAAGAUAACUCUGAAUACAUUUCAGCAACUUGGCUACAUGUAUUCAAAAGUUGAAUCAAUGCAUUGAUUUGCUCAAACCUUAAACAUAAGCAUAUUUUUGUGUUAUUGUAAGUUGGGUCAGUUUAAGUCCAGAUUUGACCCAUGGUCAAAUUGUUGCACAGAGAGGACCCAUGUUGUAUGUACCAGGAGUGUACCACUACACAACAGCGAUGUGGUUCGACCAGAGCACUUCAGCAAUAGUGGUGUGCAAUGUUCAUGGACUAUGUGUAUGUAAGGCAUUGUGUUUGUCACUCUCAUCUUAAGUUUUAUCAAAUAUCUUCAGUACUAAAAUGUUUGCACGGGAUUUGUCUGUAUUAGUGCCACCAAAUUAUUGCAAACGCAUAAGUUUUGCUAAUUAAUCUGUGUACAUUUCUGAAACAUAUAUAUAUAAACAAAUAUUCGUAAUAGCUAUCAGUAACAUGAUAAUAACAAUCAUAUCCCAUAGAUUUUGAAACGAUCUUAAAGAUCCCAUCUCUAAGUUAUUUAAUUUAAGUAUUAGUUCAAAUUCAUUCUGUGUUAAAGUUAAAUAUUUUAGUUGACUUGUGUUAUUAGGUGUUAUGGAAAUAAUUUGAAGUGAUUUCAUUUAAAACAUUGAUAUUUAUGACAGAAGGACAAACUAUUUGCACAAGAUAUGCUCAGGUAAAUAAGAAAAGCAAUGGUUGAAGUAUCAGGAAGUAAGAUUUCAGUUAGUGGCGGAUGAAGAAUGCUUAUUUGGUGGGAAGAUCAUCUCCUAAUGUUGAAUAUAUUUACUGUUUGGUAUGUGUAUGGAUAUGUUGCUGUCGUUUUAAAAUUGCUUUGUUUUAAAUAAUGGUCUAAGUUUAAUUCUUAGAGAUUUGACAAAACAUAUGGGAUAUUUUGUAUCUGUCUACCUUUAUCAAUGUGAUUUCUCAUUGUAUUUGAUAAUCACUGACAAGGAGAAAAAAUAUAUUAUGUUUUACUUGUUAUUAAACAUUGUUUGACACACAAGAUAAUGUUUCACUUGUUAUUAAACUUUGUUCCGAUAACAAAAUAACAUUUUUUUUGUUAUUAAACAUUGUUUAACAGACCAGUUAUGGUAUAACAUGUUAUUACAAUAGCAAACAAAAAACCGUCUGACUUAUUGAACAAUGUUUGACAAACAUAGUGAGGUUUGACUUGUUAUUAAGCAUUGUUUGUAAAGAUAUUUUUAAAAGUUGUUUGAUGGGUGUUCUUUUGAGCAGUCAUAAAAUAAUUGUAAUUAUCAAAACUUGAAUGGCAAUGAACGUGUUUGUAGUCAUGUUUAUAGUGAAAUAUAUUGCUGUCGUUGAAAUUGACAACUAUUGUCUUCAUUCAGUUGUUCUCUAUACUGCGGGGACUGAUGUAAGGACUUUUAAUGAAACACUAUUUUAUGGUAUAACGAACAAGGGUCUGUGUUGUCACAGUGUCCAUUGUUUAGCAUGCUAAUUGUUAUGGAGCUGUGUUUUGUCUGUUACUUGAUUGGGAUAAGUGAUAAAGGGCGGAGUCAAUUUCUUGGUCAAAGUCAGCUCCCAGUAACUUUUUAACAUGAAUAAAGUCUUUCGUUAUGACGUUUUAA